AUGAGUGGUAGUUGGCCGACCGGUGAACGUGUGGCCCGAGCUCGAACAUUCUCGUUGGACGAUGAAGGAUGGAGUGAGAAGGACCAACCCCUUGAGACAUGGACUGGUUCACGAGCGAUCGGCACCUCGAAAUACCCCAAGCUAGAUCCCCAGCCGAGACUGAUUCGAACACCACGCAUGGCUAGCGUUGUAUUGGGACCGAUGCGAACGGCAUGGUCCUGGGAUGAGAGAUGGCAGACAUGGACCCCGUUCCUUCACUUCAAUCAUGUUUGCUGUGAGAAACUCCAAACGGAAGUGCACCGUUUCGCAGGUUUCGUCCGAAAACGCAAGAGGACUCAAUCUGCGUCGAGGGCACGCAGCACUCGUGCACGGAGGCCGUGUACUGAAAGACUCGAAUCAUUCUCAAGCAACCCGCGUUCUAGAUUUGUGGCACUGGUCAAUCGGGUUCGAGAUGCUCAUUGGUACCAGCCAGAUGAUUACGCCGACCUCUGGGAAGUGGUCAAGGACCCUAUCGAGCGAUGCGAGUCACGCAACCCUCUAGCAGCCGCUUGCCGUGCAUUACAGAGGUCGACGAACAAGGCGUGUUACAAGCACAGGAUCUUCCAGGUCAUCGUUGCGAGCGCGUUCGACGCCGAAGCAGCAGGCAAAUUGGACUUUCGGCGCCACUUGGGUGAGUUUUGCGAGGAACACAAGCUGGAAAAGGGGGCCAUGCUACGGGCACGAGAAACCGGCAAAUGUUAUCUGAAGAUUAUGGACGUCUGCGGGAUCGGUUCAAUCCUUGUAGUGCCCCCAGAGACGGAUCUUGGCAAUCGUGUCCGGGCUAGAGCCUGUUCUGCCUUGGGUACUUGUCUGAAGGGGGUUAAAGGCUUCAGCCGCCACGCCAUUCUGCUAGAAGACACAGCGAGACGAGCACUGGAGACGGCCUUGACGGAGUUCCCUCACAACGGGCCUCUGCGACGCAUACUCGAUAAGACCAAGACUGGGGGUCGUGCAGAAGUUCCCACGCCGUCGGAGGCAGACAAAGAAACGCCGUCGGAGGCAGACAGAAGGGUAGAUUCAGUUCGAGUCUCACCGUCCCCGGGCCAAGACGAGCCCGCGCCGAACGACAUACGGGAUCGGGCGAAUGCGGAGGAUACAUCGGGCUCUUCACCAGCUGAGACGGACUACGCGGGUGCAUGGGCGAGCGUGAUGUAUUCUGGCAUGGUCAUGAAUACUAGCGAGUUGGCUAAUGAAUGGGACGUCUAUUUCUCCGACCGUACAAGCACGUGA